AUGAUGUGUCAAGAGGGCGGCAUUGCCCAAAAAGUCGCCAAGACUGGCACUGCCAGGCCGGCUGGUCGUUGUCAGCAAACUUUGGUGGGACUUUUUUCGGUCAAGGUAUCCAGAGCAAGGUUUUUUUGGGGGGGUUCCUUACUGUAGGAAAAAGUACAGGAAUUUUUGGAAAGGAUCUACUGGAAUUUCGGAUGUGCAACUGCAACUGAAAAGACUACGCGCAGAAGGACGAGGCGAAGGACCGUAA